AUGGAGAGUUUCGAGAUGUCCAACGACGGGAAUUUGAGACAAGAAGAAGGCCCGGCCUUGUGGAUGAGGAGCUGGCCGGUGAGCCGUGAGUUCCUGUCUUGUUCCCGAAGCGAAAAUGGGCCAGGCGGUCGAAGUAGGCCAGGGAAAAUUUUUGGGAGGGAACUAGGUAUCCCCGUUCACUCCCGCGGCGGACGGGAACCUGGAAGGAGAGGUGUGAAGGGGGGGGGAAUCAGAGACAGCUUUGGGGAUAGUAAUGGGCGGCGCGAUCCGGUCAGGAAGGUCGCUCGCUCUCUUGCUCUCUCGCUCUCUCUCGCCCGGAGCGGACUUUGCGCGCGCGCUGUUUCCCUCUCCCUCUUACAGUCCCUCUUCCCUAAUUCUUUCUCUGUCUCUGCACUGGACGGUACCGUCUGGGUACCAGUACCUUACUGGUACAGGUACCGCCGCUACUCAACUUCCUACUUUUGCCCCCCAGUCAGCCUAUUGCGACUUGCUCUUUUGAACGCUUACUAUAGUGUCAUCAUCCUAAUCGCUGGGAUCUCUUUUUCCGGUGGUACUAUUGUUCGGUUCCAGGGGUUCUCUGCUUGCUCUCCCUCUCUCCUAACUGAUCCUUUUCCCUUAACCAUUGUCUACUCUCUCUGGAUAAUCCAUCAACCUAGACUACUUUGCACUAUAUGGGCCAUCCCACCGGACAUGCUGAUACCUCCCCAAGCUUAUGCGGACUCCUCGGAGGUUCCACAGCAAAUCGCCUGGACCAAGGGAGCAGGAAAGAAGCAGCAGCAGCCUAGAGGGUUACUGCAGCUUCCGUUGUCCCCUAACUCCCACCUCGGACGAGUCGGAAGCAACCAGGCCCUUGUGCUCUCCGCCGUAAGCGCUGUGUCCCCUUCCUUUAUUCUCCCCGUACCUCCUGCGCGCAAGCUACGGAUUGGAUACCAUCUCAUGCGACGGCAUGCCCUGCAUACAUUAGGCCCCUCGGAUCCUGGCGGGCUCAUUGGAGGAGAGCACACCGAUGUCACCGAACUCAACCACAACCACUCGGCCGGCCACCAAAUCCUCGAAUGGUUGGAAGGCCCAACAAUGAAGGCAAAAGGCAUCCAGACCGACCUGCGCGUUCGUGAUGAUGUAUGCGGGCCAGGGCCUAGAUACUUACAUGGUACUUGCUUCACACCGCGUACCUUGCCCACCGCUGAGGAACCAUGGAGGGGGGGAAAGGGAAAGACUAAUAGUGGCUUGAGAAACUUCCCGGUGGCGAUUGGAUCUGGACGCGACAACGCAGCAGCGAUCUGUCGAGGUGCGGAUCCUGAGAUCCUAGCAUCGACAAGCCGUGAUGCUGCCGAUGAUGCUUGGACGUUGGGGGGAUCGGCCAGCAGCACACUCACCGUGUGCCACAUUCCAAUAACUCUUAGCACCCACGAUAUGGACAAGAUUUCGUCGUCAGAGGAUUGA